UCCCUGCUAGUUGAUUCACUUACUCACCCACUAACACUGAGCUCCUUUUUUUUUUUUUUUACUGUCUGUGAGCGAAAAAAAAAAAAAAAAAGAAGGGACGGGAAAGAAGCAGAAAUAAGGGGGGAGUACAGUGGAAGUCUGAAAUCUACCUAGAAAAAGAGGAUAUUGUUCAUUUGCUGAGCUUCCAGGCUGCCUUGUCUUCUGCUGUUUUGAACUCCUUAAAGAAAGUCGAAGUGAACGUUUCGGAUGCGCAUUGCGAAUAAGUACGCAGGAUUACUUUGGUUCAUCAUUAUCUAAGCUAUCAAGCAGAAUAAAGUGACUUGUAAAGCAUCGCAGGAAGGUGAGAUCGGGAUUCAAAGCAGGUGUCUCCAGACAAACUGUGUGUCUCUGAUCUUCGUGUUGCAGGACUUCAUAAGACACCCAUGUAGGGCAGGUUGGAUGCCCGAAUAUAAUCCUCCUGAGGCCGGCCGACGGAGGAUGGAUUUAUUAUACAAGUGAAUAAGAAAAAGGGAGCGCUAGCAGCCUGAGGGAAAAAGUGCAUUGGGAUAUGCAGUUGGUCUCUUCCCAGGUGGGUCUGUUCCAGGCCAUUUCAAAAGUGAGUACCUAUGGACAAUUGGACAUCAGAGAAAAAGCUGAAAUACAGAAGAUGCUCUCUCUCUCCAGUGAAAUGCAUCUACAGGCAGCAAUAAAAUGUGUGAAGCAUUUCUCUGUAUGAAACAUCUUUUGUGAAUGCAUGACAUUUGCUUCCGGCAAUAUGAGAUUUGAGAACCUUUCAUGGCUUUCAGGUAGAAGCUGAGCGGAUACAGUCAUAAUGAACUCUAUGGAUAGGCACAUACAGCAGACUAAUGACCGUCUGCAGUGCAUAAAACAGCACUUACAGAACCCAGCAAACUUCCACAAUGCUGCCACAGAGCUCUUGGACUGGUGUGGAGACCCUCGAGCUUUUCAGAGACCCUUCGAACAGAGCCUCAUGGGCUGUUUAACGGUGGUCAGCAGAGUAGCAGCACAGCAAGGCUUUGACCUGGACCUUGGAUACAGGCUUCUUGCUGUAUGUGCGGCCAACAGAGACAAGUUCACUCCGAAAUCAGCUGCCCUCCUCUCUUCGUGGUGUGAAGAAUUGGGAAGGCUCCUCCUCCUGCGCCACCAAAAGAGCAGACAGAACGACCCCCCUGGGAAACUCCCCAUGCAGCCCCCCAUGAACUCUUUGACCUCCAUGAAACCAUCCCUGUCUCAUGGUGAUGGGUCUUUCCCUUACGACUCCGUCCCCUGGCAACAGAACGCGAGUCAGCCUCCAGGUUCUCUGUCUGUGGUUACUACAGUUUGGGGGGUCACAAACACUUCUCAGAGUCAGGUACUGGGGAAUCCUAUGGUUAAUGCCAACAACCCAAUGAACCAAGGUGGCAACCCUAUGGCAUCUGGUAUGAACAGCAAUAGCGCUGGUAUGAACUCUCCGCAGUUUGCUGGGCAACAGCAGCAGUUUUCCUCAAAGGGAGCGUCUAACCAGUCCUAUAUGCAACAGGGCAUGUAUGGUCGGCCAAACUACCCAGGAGGAGGAGGAUUUGCCGGGAGCUAUCCUGGUGGACCCAAUAACCCCUCAGGAAUGGGCAUCCCACCUCACACGCGGCAGCCUGCAGACUUCACUCAGCCUGCAGCGGCGGCGGCUGCAGCUGCUGUCGCUGCUGCUGCAGCAACAGCCACUGCCACGGCAACAGCUACAGUGGCAGCACUGCAGGAGACGCAGAACAAGGACAUGAACCAGUAUGGCCCGGUGUGUUCCUCUUUCCAGAUGGGUCCAGCUCAGGCCUACAACAGUCAAUUUAUGAACCAGCCUGGCGCACGAGUCCCCUCUGCUAUGUCAGGGAGUUUGAACCAAGCUGGAAUGGGUCCCAACAUGGCUCCUUCCAAUAUGAGCGGCCCGCCAAUGGGUAUGAAUCAACCUCGGCCUGGCAUGAACCCUUUUGGAGCUCAUGGCCAAAGGAUGCCUCAGCAAAGUUACCCUGGUCCCAGACCUCAGUCAAUCCCUAUGCAGGGCAUGAAAAGGCCUUACCCAGGAGAGCCUAAUUAUGGCAGCCAGCAAUAUGGACCAAGCAAUCAAUUUCCCAGUCAGCCUGGGCAAUACCCAAGCCCCAGUCCUGCCAGACCCAUGACAUCGCCGAACUAUCCAGGCCAAAGGAUGACAGGACAGCAGAGUGCCGGACAAUACCCACCACCUAGUGUCAGCAUGGGGCAGUACUUCAAGCCAGAGCAGUUUAAUGGACAAAAUAACAACUUUUCUGGGAGCGGCUACAAUAGCUAUAGCCAAGGCAGUAUGAACGGGCCCUCCAGACCGGGACCUGUUGGCAAUUACCCUCACUCACCUGUUCCGGGAAACCCCACACCACCCAUGACUCCUGGGAGCAGCAUCCCUCCAUAUCUGUCCCCCAGUCAAGAUGUCAAGCCUCCAUUUCCACCUGACAUCAAGCCGAAUAUGAGCACGUUACCACCACCACCAAAUGCAAAAGGGAAAGUUCACGCUUUCUCUCCUUCUUCGAUCUCAGCCAGCCACACAGACGAACUGCGCCUGACAUUUCCUGUGCGCGAUGGAGUAGUACUGGAGCCUUUCCGGCUGGAACACAACCUUGCUGUCAGCAACCAUGUAUUCCAUUUGCGGCCGACUGUCCACCAGACACUCAUGUGGAGGUCUGACCUGGAACUGCAAUUUAAGUGCUACCAUCAUGAAGACCGACAGAUGAACACCAACUGGCCAGCAUCUGUACAGGUCAGCGUCAACGCCACUCCUCUUACCAUCGAGCGAGGAGACAACAAGACUUCCCACAAACCCUUGCACCUCAAGCAUGUCUGCCAGCCAGGCCGCAACACCAUCCAGAUUACAGUCACUGCUUGUUGCUGUUCGCACUUGUUCGUGCUGCAGUUAGUACAUCGGCCUUCAGUGCGUUCAGUACUGCAGGGUUUGCUGAAGAAGAGGCUUCUCCCAGCCGAACAUUGUAUCACAAAAAUAAAGAGGAAUUUCAGCAGCGUGGCAGCUUCGUCUGGUAAUGCAGCUCUGAAUGGAGAGGAUGGAGUAGAGCAGACGGCAAUUAAAGUGUCAUUGAAAUGCCCGAUAACGUUUAGGCGGAUCCAGCUGCCUGCACGGGGACAUGACUGCAAACACGUACAGUGCUUCGAUCUAGAGUCCUAUCUUCAACUGAACUGUGAGCGAGGAACAUGGCGGUGUCCUGUUUGCAAUAAAACAGCCCUAUUAGAAGGCCUGGAAGUAGACCAGUACAUGUGGGGUAUCCUGAAUGCAAUACAGAACUCGGAAUUUGAAGAAGUGACUAUUGACCCCACCUGCAGCUGGCGGCCGGUACCCAUUAAGUCCGAGAUUCACAUCAAGGAUGAUCCCGAUGGGAUUCCCUCCAAGAGGUUUAAGACAAUGAGUCCCAGUCAAAUGAUCAUGCCCAAUGUUGUGGAGAUGAUUGCAGCAUUGGGGCCUGGACCUUCACCAUAUCCAUCGCUGCCCCCUCCGCCGGGCGGUGGUAAUGCUAAUGAAUACAUUGGACAAGGCAACAGUUACCAAGGUCAUGGCAACUUUGACUUUCCCCACGGAGCACCUGGUGGGACAUCAAUGAAUGAUUUCAUGCAUGCGCCGCAGCUAUCUCAUCCUCCGGACAUGCCUGGUGGUAUGUCAUCGCUGGACAAACCUCUCAGUCACUCCAUGCAGGACUCUAUCUCUCAUGUGGGAAAUUCUGAGCAGCCUCACGGCGCAAUGCCUCAGGGUUUACACCCACCUCACCCAGGCAGCCAGCCUGGACAGCCUUUACAUCAUGGUGGACCAGCACCUCAGCCUCGACACCCACAGCAAUCUGCCAACCACCCACAUGGGGAUAUGUCCUUUAAUCCUUCUUCGGUGUUAGAAGGUCAGCCAGGUGGACAGGGACCUCCUGAUAUGCCCGAGCCAUCACUGGAUUUGCUUCCGGAGCUAACUAACCCAGAUGAGCUUCUCUCUUACUUGGAUCCUCCAGAUCUGCCCAACAACAGCAAUGAUGACCUACUCUCACUGUUUGAGAACAACUAAACUGCAGCUGCUUUCCCAUUCCCCAGUCGGUAAUUCAGCUGAUCAGGACACACAAAGGCAGACGCAGUUCUGGAAACUCCACCCCUUACCCGUCAUGUCUGCCUUCCCGGCAAGCUCGCAGCUGUGUUUGCCUCAGACUGAUGCGCUUCAGUGACGCUGCUAGGGGGCAUCGAGCAGCUCCAGGCUGCCUGUAGACCUCACACGUGGUGCUUCCUGGCUUUCCCAUAUUGAGGUUGAUACAUGGGAAACUUUGAAGAGAAAGCUCACACUAGGCAAGUUAAGAAGAAGAAUCGGUGGUGGAGGUUAUAGAGACAUAAGGCCUACUGACGCCCAUUGCUAAUCCCCCCCCCCCCUCCCCCCUUUCCACAUCACCACCAAUCUCACACCAGCUGGAGAAGAAGAACUGAACCAUGACAUUGGGAGUAAGAUGGAACAAACACACACGUGCGCACACACACACAAAGCACAACGUUCCCGAGCAGUGAGCGACUUGGGCAGACACACUGCUCACACCACACACAAGUGCUGAGAUGGAGGAUAGCCUUGCUGGGGAUCUCCUGCAUCAGUUCUUUGUUGCUAUGGGGUACAUUUCCUCCUGUUUUUAUUGUGGCAUUCAUAAGGAGAAUGCGCAGACCAGGCUGGUCAGACGUUAUGGUUUCCUGAGUGCACAGACUUUACACAAACAGCAUGGAAGCUAAGAGACAAAAUGGACUCCUCCCCAGCAACUGGCCGCUCCUUUCUGACUUUCUCAUUUCUUUUACUUUUAUUUUAAGCUGCAUAAAGGGGCAUUGAUGUUGGUUUAAAAAAAAGAAGCAGUUUAAGGGUUAUGUUUUUGUUCUUAAUUAUUUUGCUUAACCCAACAAGACUGUUACAUAAUAACUGCCCUCUUUUUUUUUCCUUGCCUGGUGAUUCUUUUCCUUUUAAUAUAAACCCACAUAAAGACAAAAAAGUGUGUUCUUUGUGCAAUCUUCCUUCCAGCCACCUUGUGGUCAAGAGGUACCUUUUAGAGGUGUGGGGGUGGGGUGGGGCCUAAAUGCAUGAGUCUGACACAGUUUCUGUGCUUCUGGUGUGUUAAUGCUGCUUGCUUCUGUAAAACUGUUGUUAUAUUUGUACAGAAGUGCAUGUGUGCCAAUCAAUGUUAUUUACUUUCUCUGUUAUUGUUUUCACUGCCUUUCUCCUUUGCUGGCCUAUCGUGUAAGUAAAAGGGUUAAAAAAGUCUUCUGCAGUCACUCUAGCAGAGGAAGGUUUAAACUUUAAAGACUCUUCCUCUUGGCUCUAUGUAAGCGUUGACCCUCUCUUUGUGUGUUCUAGCUUCAUCUUUUGUCCUUUUUACAAUAUUCUUUUUUUAUUUUUAUUAUUUUUUUUGCCUGUGUGUUGUGCUUGUACAGAUGUGAAUGACACACCAAACAAUCCUAUUUUGUUGACUUUUUGUUUUCCUUUUUCUAUCACCAAAGUUGUAUUUUGUACAUUUUUUUUAUUUAACGAAAAAAGGAGAGAAAAAAAAGGGGGAGGGGGCAAAAUAAUAAUUUACUUGUUCAUUUUCUUCUCUAGCAGUUUGAAAUUCCUGACAUUAUUUUUUUUGUGUGUGUGUGCCUCCAUUGUAUAGAAAGUUAGGCUUUUAUAAAGGCAUCUCCACAUUUUAUUUGUUAGGUUUGUCAUUUUCUAAAUUCCAGUGUCUUAGCAAGGUAAGAUGGCAGCGCUCCAUGCUGUUCAUAUGCAAUUAUUUUAAAGAAAAAAUAUUGUAAAUAUGUUCAGAUAUUUUAGAAAUACGUGUGGCUUUGCGACUUGGUUUGUUCUUAUGUGUGUGUGUUUUUUUUUCUUUUAAUAAUGCCAAGUCACAUCACUCUCUCGUCCAACCCCUUCCAUCUUGAAUUUGCAGCUAUGCCUGCAGUGAUAUUUAAUCUGGAAACAUCUGCAGCCACUGUGGAAGUGAAGAGUUUUACACCAAGUUAUAAGGCUCUGUUUAAUACAAUGUAGAAUUUGCUUGUAUCCGAAAAGUUAACACCCUUUGUCCAGUCUGUGUUACAUGUGUUACCACUGUGAGCUGAUUUCAUUUUGUUAGGGGCUAGUGAAUUUACUUACCAUGACAACUUUGCACCUUUACAAUCUGGCAGUUACGCCAACAAAUGCACAGAAUAUAUCAAACCUGAUAUGAUCGUAGUUUAUUAUUACUCACCCAGAAAGGUAUAAAUCUAAUUAAGAUAAAUUGCAAAUAGGUUGCAUGGAUAUAAAUAAAACUAGGCUUCAAGUAGCUAAUAAACAACAAUGAAACACUUGCACAUGAUGUCGCUAAUUCCAUAAGCAGGGGUUGUUAAGCAUGAGCAACAGAAUGUGCUCUUUAUCCUGAAUAGUUAAUAAUUAGAGAGCAUUAUCCUCUGAAGGAGUUCACUUUUUCCCCCAUGUAUGUGCAGGCAGUAAACUUUCUAACCACUCUUAGCACUCUACGUUGUGGCAAUUCUAUCUUCAAAAUGCCAAUUUUGUGUUUAAUAUUUUUUUUAUUUGUACAUUUCUGCAUUCCUCUCCAGCAUAAAUUAUUAUUAUUAUCGUUGUUAUUAUUAUUAUUAUUAUUAUUAUUAUUAUUUUGGGUCACACAAUCCAGAAAUAGAAGUAAAAAGCAGUGCAUAUCCCCUUCAUAGCCUGAUGGACACCUACGACCUUGUUGUGUGAGCGUAUGCCACAGUACAAGCAGAAAAUCUAUAUUUAAUUUAAAAAAAGCAAAAAAAAAAAGAAUAAAAAAAAAAGUUCCAAGGCUCUCUUCAACUGGAAUCAAGUUUACCCAUUCACUGUAAAGAGGGGAAAAGGGAUAAGAGCAUUGCCAGAUAAUGCUUUGACCUUUCAUAUUUAGAAAGGGUUAAAGAACUACACACACUCUUUGUAAAUAAUGUAUAUGAACAGUAGAGACAUAAAACACAGACACAUUCAUUUUCCUGGGAAUGUGCAUUUGUUUGGUUUUUAUUUUGCAAAAAAAGGUGGUUAGAAAACGUUAAAAAAAAACAAAAAAAUCUGUGUUUCCAUAUGGCGUGGAAAUAAUCCUAUAUUUGGGGAGGGCAGGCAAUUUGAUGGGCGGGUGCAUUUUUUGUGUGAAAUCACAACAUUUGUUUCCACUCCUGUAAAAUACUUUGACCCUUUGUGAAAACAUUUUUUUUUUUAAUUUUUGUUUAUUUUAUGUACAUGUAAUAUUUUAGCUGACAUGCAUUAGUCCUGUGUAUUUUACGGUGCUACAUGAGGUAAACACACACAAACACAAUGAAGAAAAUAGUGGAUUAUGGGGGAAAUAAAAAAAAUAAAAAAAGAUUGUAACCAAAUUCUCUUUGUACAAUUUUUGAUAUUCAGAUCAGAUGGGGAAAUUUAAAAAUACAUGGUACAAUCUGUAACACAACAUGCAAAAAGGGCCACUGUAUUUUGUCUGUACAUUGUAUGUACAAUUUAAUCAUUCAUAUUUGUAUCCCCUUCACUGCCAGAGGGAAAAGGUUUUGUCGUUCUGGCAGUGAAGGUAUAAAGAUGUUCAAAAAUACCGUAAUUGUGCUUUUUAGUCUUGCAAAACUGUAUGUAGUUAGUUGUGUCCACCUUAUAUUUAUCAAAUAAAUAUGUACUCAGAUGAAACCUGCACAA